ACUCUGUUCUUCACUUCACUUACAAAAACCUCAAAAAACUCUCAAAAAUCCUCACCAAUACAAAAAUGGGGUUCACUAGUUAUGCUGAAAUCUCCGAAUCUCUUCAUCGUACUCGAAAAUUCUUCCUUUUAUGUAACUACAUUCUUCUUGGUGCAGCUUCCAGUUGCAUUUUCUUGACUCUUUCUCUUCGUCUUAUCCCAUCGUUAAGCGGUUUUUUCCUCAUCCUUCUUCACAUUUUCACCAUUGGGGGCGCGGUUUUCGGGUGCUCUGCGGUUUCUACUAACUCAAGUAUGGGGAAAUGGUAUGGACCUCAUAUGGUUUUUACAGUAUUGACAGCGAUAUUACAGGGUUCUGUAUUCGUGCUGAUCUUUACGAGGACAGGUGAUUUUCUUGGGAAGUUGAAGUCGUAUGUAAGGGAGGAAGACGGUGAGAUGAUUUUGAGAUUGGCAGGUGGAUUGUGCGCAUUGGUGUUUUGUCUUGAAUGGGUUGUGCUUACCCUUGCAUUUUUCUUGAAGUAUUACGCGUAUGUUGAAGGUGAUGGUAAUGUUGUUGGUGGAUCAAUUGCUAUGAAGAGAAGUGCUAAAGUUCAGGAUGAAGAAGAUAUCAAGAAUUGGCCAUGGCCAUUUCAAGUUUAAGUAGUAUGUAAUUGGUUUUUUCUUGGAGGUGGGGUGUGGGUGUGGGUGUGGGGUGGGGGUUGUAAAAGCUAUAUAUAUAUCAUAGCUUCAAUGAUUUAUUCAUUCAUUUGGUCAUUUUCUUUGUUGGGGUGUGUGAGUUUUUAUUUGUUCUAUCAUAUAUAUAUAUAUGUUCUCUUUGUGUAUUAAGGAAAAUGAAAAUGCAAUGUUUUGUUUA